CUCAUAGUUUGACAUUCAACUCGGUGCGGUCGUAUCAAAUCUAACGUACACGUCGCAAGAUCCCAGGCCUCCCUUUCCGAACCAUGGGACUCACCUCUUCGCUACCAACAACAUCACAAUAACCCGCACUUAACAAUUCCACCUUCCUCCUUUCCUUCCCUCUCCUCUCCAUCUCUUCGCCAUCUAAAUGCCAACAUUAUGACCCGCAAUCCACCCGAGCUCCGCAAGGAGCACACAAAGUACACGCCAGCCGAGAUGGCCGACUGGGACGCCCGCUCCACAGAUUCAUCCUGCUCCUCGCAGGACAUAGAACCAAUCUACACGCCUUCCCAUUCGUCCUGGCCAACAGACGAAGACGAAUCCAUCAACUCAGAAGCCGACAGUUACGACGAGAUUGCAGACCCUUUCUUGGAUUACUACGCCAUCGAAGAGCCCCCCACCAAAGACGACGAACUAAACAACGCGGCCCAGCCCGACCCCUACCUGCGUAGAAUAAUCAUCGCAAUGCUCUGUCUCCUCCUCACGCUCGGCUGUGUAUACAUGAAAGAGAUGAUUGUGAAUCGCGUGCAGUACAAUGUGGAGAAUUUACAUUAUAGAGACACGGCGGUCCCACAACUGGAGUGCCCAGAGCACGAGAGAGACGCGGGCCUGAACUUAGCGAGAGAGGUGCUGCAACAGGCGGAGCAGCGGUUCCAGCAGGCGGCUCAAGAGCUGUGGGAGGCGGGUUUAGCGCUGAAUUCGGCAGCAACGGCUGGAGCGGCUGCAACGACUGUAAGGACUGUAGCAACUGCAACGACUGCAACGACUACAACAAAUGCAACGACUGUAACGACUGCCACAUCUGCCACAUCCCCUCACCCUGAAUCGGAAUCCGAACCCGCUGAUCCCGAGACUGCGUCGGUGAGGUCUACAACUGCGCGGCUUCUCCGGGAAUUCGUAAAUGAGCGCUCGAUCGUCAAAGAGCGUACUGAAAAGAAGGCCGCCGCCUUAAAGGAGGCAGUUGCCGCUGUGGAGGAAUCCGCUGAGAAAAUCGGGUCCGAAGACAGUACCGAGGACGCCGUGUCCGAUGCGAAGAGUCCUCAAGAGUCAAAGGCCUUCCCGGCCUCCCCGACAAUCCUAAAGAUCGCGAAAUGGACAAAAUGUCCCCAGCACGCGGGCUGCUGUAUCGGCGACAUCUGGACGAACACUGGGAAGUGUCUCGAGUAUGUGCAACGCCCUGAUCACGGCGCUAAGAAGCCGAAGAUGCGUUUCUGGGAUGGCCUUGUCUAGGGCUUUUGCGGCACCAUCACAGGGCGGGGAAAUGAAGCGAGGCUUUUGACUGUGGAAAAUGGGGUUGCGCGUUCGUGGAUUCCGGUUGGAGUUUUGGCUUGCGGGAAGCCGUGCGUCGCGUGUCCAGUUCGCGAAUGGGAGGUACGCGGAGGGCGUGCUGGAUAACCUGC